AUGGCGCUGAGGGUGGCAGGCCGGCUGCGUACACUGCGGAAGCUGGUGGCGGCCGUCGCCGGACUUUGCAACCCUCACGGCUCCACCGCACACGAAAUCGUCGAGUGGAACGCGCACCACCCCUGUGGCACCAACCGCUGUCAUCACUUGCCCAUCAACGACAGCGAGAGUAGGCCAUCCCACUGCAUUUUAUCGCUGUAUGACCAACCUAUGUUUUGGAUUACAAUGCGGAAGGACAAGGCUCGCCUGUUGACUGGCCUACGCUAUGGUGUGAUGAAAGGUGUCCUCGAGAAGCAUGGAUGCCGCUACAAGCUGGCCAUGGAAGGUGGUCGCCCCAAGGGACGCCAGCAAGACGCUCGACCGCAGGUCAGAUGCUGCCGUCAGCGGCGGUGUCGCAGCUCCAGGAGGCGCUGCCGCACUCGCGCACCCUCCAGCAGCUCGCACCACCGCCGCCAGUGGAAGUGUCGCAGUUCCAGGAGGCGCUGCCGCACUCGCGCACCCUCCAGCAACACGCGACACCGCCGCCAGUGGAAGUGUCGCAGCUCCAGGAGGCGCUGUAGCGCUUGCUCACGCUCCAGCACCACGCGCAACCGCCGCCAGCGGAAGGGUCGCAGCACCAAGAGGCGCUGCUGCGCUUGCACACGCUCCAGCAGCAAGCGCAUGAGCCGUCGCAGCACGCACAGGUACCGCCACCCUACUACUAUAGCGGUGUGCACCAAGAAUGCUGGUGAGUCCGAGUCCCACCGAGGGCGACAGCCGGGCGCCGCACCUGUUGCUCCAGGACGAGUAGACGUCGCCAGCUGUCCAGUGGGCGAUGCCGCUCCGUCGCCCGGCGCCUGCGCAGUGCGCGAGGCAAGCCCGUAA